AUGCAAAAAAACGCAUUGUCCAUACUGUCUCAUGUCGCACAUGGCUAUGUGGGUAACCGGGCCGUGGUGUUUACUCUCCAGUAUUGUGGAUGGAAUGUAGACGCACUUCACACUACCGAGUUUCUGAACCACCCAGGUUAUGGUCAGUUCAAAGGACAAAAAGCGGAUGUCGAGACUGUUAAAUUGAUUUUUGAAGGUUUGCAAAGCAUCUUGGACUUGAGAUUAGAGUACGAAUUGAUAUUGGUGGGAUACUGCCCCAGCGCAGAGGUUAUGUCAACACUCUACGAACAGAUCACCCCAUUGAUGGGGGCCGCGAAAGAAAAGAGUAGACCAAUUUUGGUGGUAGAUCCUGUCUUGGGAGACAAUGGUAAACUCUACGUGCCUCAACAAAUUGUUAAGGCUCACAUUGAAUUUUUGCAGUUGGGCUUUGUCGACUUGACUACACCUAAUCAGUUUGAGUUGGAGUUAUUAACAGGUAUUCAAAUUCAUGACUGGGAAAGUGUAAAGCUAGCACUCACCACGUUUAACGAGAAAUAUAAAGUCCCAAACGUUGUCAUACUGUCAGUGAUUGUCGACGGUAGAAUGUAUGGCGUGGGAUUCUCAAAAGCAACCGAAGCGAUCUUCUAUAUCCCGAUAGCAAAGAUUGACUGUCGCUUCAGCGGAUGUGGAGAUGUAUUCACUGCCUUGUUAACAAAUAUAUUUUACGAAAAUAAUUGCACGCUCACACCCAAAGUCUUGAGCCAGGUGUUGAUCAAGCUCAACCGUAUAUUGAUGAUUUCGUUUAAUGAGGAAAAGGCGAAACUUGGAAAGGCCCCUAUUGUGGUUCAAGAUGUGCGUUUGAUUCAACUGAGAAAAGUGCUUGACGAAAACUUUCUUCACGAUCUUGAAGUGAGUUACUUAUAG